GUCAGGCGCGUUGGUAUCCUGACUUUCACCAUGGCGAGGGCCACUCCUGGGUAUGGGAUUGGAGCCCUUCUAGAAAGCACAGCAUUACAUCAGAAAUGCUUGACGUUUCCAUUCAGUUAUGCCGCUCAGGAAGUCCUUGUCUGUUCUGCUGGAUCAUUGCUGAUCAGCGGUCAGGCUGCAAAAGCCUCAUGUUGGUCGUUGCUUGCUGGCGAUCUCGUCCGCAAGCGAGCGCCCAAGCAUCCCCUCGAGAAAGCAGCAAAUUUUAAUACAAUCAGAGCCGUACAGAUGGUUUCCUCGAUCCGUUCAAAUAGCACGCAUUCAAAGUAGUGCUGCGAGCUUUGGUCAGAACAAGGCCUGGGCUCUUCCAUUUUUUUGGCGCUUUAGUCAUCAGGAAGGUGGAACUUAGGCGAGCAGGAAGGUCUGAUGUUUUAGUCCUUCCCAAGGUUUUUGGAACCAGGAGAGUGAUCACUUGAGUGCAUAAUGGCGCAACAGAGUGGGGGGAAGUCUUGUGUGCGGGGCGCGCAGCAGGGUGAGGAACGGGGCGAAAGCUGUGCUGAUUCAGCAAAAGUACUGAGGCCACGAGAGCCCUUGUGCGUUAGUGUACAAGCAGAUGUACACGAGCCUGGCGAAAGAUAUAAUGAAGGGGAAAGUGUACACGAGGUAGUCGGUGAGAGGGUACAGGAUGGGGCCAAAAGCAUGCCAGGUGUCCCGGCUGAGUGCAACGAGGAACUAGAUGAGGGAGAACUGGAGCUGGAAGAGCUAGAGGGAGAAGAGGCGGGGAUCGUUCCUGAAGAAGAGGCCCAAUUACCAGAGAGGGCCAAAAGGAGGCGGUGGGUGCAAUGCAGCGACCUCGUCUUCACGUUUUCUCAUUUGGCUCUUGCUUCUGUCAUCGGGGUCUUGAUUCGCUGUGGCCUAGAAGACUUGUUUGGAAGCCGGGUUUUGGGUAUAGUGGGCGAUCAGACUGCUCUUUUCACUGACCUUCCAGUAAACAUGGUGGGCUCUUUCUUCAUGGGCGUCAUUGCGUUUGCUUGGAAGGACUCCAUCCUCCGUCGUUCGAACGCCUUGUUCCUCAGCUUGACAGCUGGCAUGUUGGGAUCCUUAACCACGUACUCGGGGUUUAACCAGUCCAUAACCACCCUGUUUGUGGAGGGCAACUGGGCGGCCGCGCUGCUGGGGCUCCUCAUAGGUGUCGAGCUCCCAGUGGUCUCCUUGGUCGUGGGCAUCGACUUUGGACGUGGCGCGUCGUGGGCGUUUUCUAGACUGCUCCAACCGCGGCCCUCAAUUUCCCUUAGUCGCAUCACGGCCGACGAGCAAAGCCCCACAGAACCCAAAACCGCCUCUCAAAAGAGCUUCCGGCAGUUGCCCGCCGGAGCCUCGAAUGCCGGAACGCGGCCGGAAAACCGUGUCGUCGCGCCAGAAAUACGCACAACACCAAGCAAGCUUUGCGAGCGCCCUCCCAAAACCGAACCCUUAAACCCCCAGCGCGUCUCCGACAAGACGCGCCUGCGGCGCGCGGCCGCCGCGGCCGCGCUCUGGCUCGGCGUCGUUUUGCCCCUGGCAGCGGUCGGGGCAAAGUUUGACACCGGGAGCAGUCGAAGGCGGGAGAUCUGGCUCGCGGCCGCGUUGGCGCCCCCUGGGGUUUGGCUGCGUUACCUCCUGUCGAGGUUUAACGUCCGGCCGAAGGGCGGUUUGAAAUGGCUCCCGGUGGGCACGCUGCUGGCGAACGUGAUUGCCUCUGCGGGCAUGGCGGGUUUGUCGGUGGUCUUGGUAUCGGUACGCGGGCUCGCCACUCGUUUGUGGUGCCAAGGUGUCGAAAUCGGCGUCAUGGGAGCUUUGAGCACAGUCUCCACAUUCGCCGCUGAAAUCUACUUGUUAGAUCAGGGCAAGCAGCACGUCUGGCGAAGCUACGUGUACAUUCUUGUCAGUCUAUUAGCUAGUCAAACAGUAGCGUUGCUGAUCUACGGCGUUCCGGUUUGGAUCAUGCACUAUGAUUAAGUCUGGUUGCAAGGUACGUCAAUCGAAUCACUGAGAAAUUUGAGGUAUAUACAGCAUCCGUUUGAAGCCUUGAUUAAACUUGACCAGUAUAGUGAUGUAAAAUAAGUCAUUGAAUGAGGAAGUCCAUGAAUCGGAAGAAAAAAAAUCAUUUCAGACUCGCAUUUGGACGUCGGUUAUUGGGAUAAAUUAAGUAAGCCCAAGUACGUAUAAGCAGCAACUGGAUUACUUUUAAGCUAGCAAUGAUUCAGUUGUCGACGUCAGGUUCUUGUUUAGUUAACUAGCCCGCAGGCUCGUUUUCAUACGUAGAUGUAAUGAACUACAGUCGGCGGCAGCCUUGCAUAAAGAGCAGAGAUCACCCUCUUGGUAAUCGUUUCGGACUCACGUCCCGGGCGAUGUAUCGCGUCAUGCAACUCAAAGGCCAUCGGCAGAUUUGGCCACGAUUUCGAUGCUGAAGGAAUCUUGAUGUUCUCGAC